AUGAAUUCUUCAGGGGAAAUACCACGUCCCACCUAUUCCCAGACUCGGGAGCGUGUAGUCCGGGCAGUGCAUCCUCAUCUCAUAUGCUCUCUAACUUGUGGAGGCCGAGAGUGUCGCUAUGAGGGUCCUGAAUGUUGGAGUCUGGAACAACAAGCAAUCAGGGGUCUCUAUUCAUCUUGGUAAGAAAGCUGAAGAUGCCUCUUGUUGCAGAUCAGAAAUUCACAAACUCUUAUAACUGGAUUAAUGAUGAAAAGUAAUGUGUUUAACAGAAUGCAAAAUGGUGUGGUUAAUUCUUGUAAUGCACAUGAUGUCAUAAGAUCUACAGCAGUUGUUUCAGGCUCUUAGUGCAAAAGAUUCAAUAAUGGAGAAAGCAAAGGUUGCACAAAUGUCUGUUUCACAAUUGAUGAGAUUUUCUAUCUCUGUGAGGUUUGGUAAGGGAUAUGGGACUAAUGUAGAGAGGACCCUGGUGCAACAACUUUUCUGGGCCCCCUCUAGCUCAAGGGUGACCAAAAGGUAGAUCCCCAUCUGUCGUACAACUCCCACAAUGCUAUGCCAGCUGGCGAUCUACCAUUUGCCCAUCCUUAAAGGGUUGUAUUUGUGAGCAAUGUUUGUGUGUUUGAAUGUAAGCAUGUUUUUCUAUAUGGUGUGUGAGCAUAUUGAGUGUAUUCGUAUGGAUUGUUGCCAUUGGAAUGCAGUGGUGUACUUGUGUGUAGUGUUUUGCGCUGGAAUGCAGGUGUGUGUCUGUAUGUAAUGAUGGCUUUUAAAUGUAGGUGAGCUUUUGUGUGUAGUGUUGGUGUUUGAAUGAAGGGGUGUUCGUAUAUAAGUUUGAUGUUUUAAUACAGGGUGUGUUUGUAUAUAAUGUUUGGAUUUGAUUGCAUGGGUGUGUUUGUAUGUAGUGAUACACACACUGACACACACAUGCACACUAUGAUACACACAGUGACACAUACACACAGCCUGGCACACAGAUGAACACAGUGACAAUUAACAUACACUGACACACAGAUACACACAAAUACACAUUGAUAAACAGAUGUACAUACACUGAAAUACAUAGAUACAUACAAACAUACAUCAUCAUUUUUAUAUUUGCAACCCCCCUCCUGUUACAAUUCAUUUUAUGUAGAUGACAGUGGCUUGCCUGGGUUCCUGCUGCUGGCUAUGAGUGUUGGUGGUUUGGGCCAGGAGCUGACUCUCUCCUUGCUUCUCCAAGCUCCUGUGCUGCCUCCUCAUGUAUCUGGGAGGAAGUGACAGACUCUCACUUCCUUCCAGCAAUGCCAAUGUGAAAAUGAUAUCAGCAAUAUCCAUCAGGUGGAACUAAGCGCAUGGGUUACACAAUGGGCCCUCCAGUGUAUGGGCACCGUUGCAGCUGCACCACUUGCACCGGCGGUAGUUCCAACACUGAUUUGGUGGUCUAUAUGGCAGUAUGCUAUUUUAUACUUUAAGCAGCAAGUUUUAAGUUAAAACACAUAGUACUACUCUUAGAAUCUCAAUAAAAUGAUCAUUACAAAAAUAAACCACAUUUUCUUUUGAAGUGUAAAACAUAUUUAUUUAACUGAUUAUAACUUAAAACACAGCAAAUAUAUAUUAAUAAACAUGUGCAAUUUGUUUUUCGUUCCAAAUGUGAAUUUGCAUGAAUUUCGGGCAAUUCGGACAUUCGGAUGCUUCCAAAUGUCCGAAGUGCCGAAUUUCCGAAGUGCCGAACCGAAUUGCCGAAGUGCCGAAUUUCCAAAGUGCUUUGAAUUUCUGAAAAAUGGCAAAACAAUAGAGGGAGGGAGAAUUAGCUGAAUGAUGACAGGGGUAGGGUUAGGGAGCCCUACAGAUGUUCCGAAUUGCCAAAGUCCCAAAUUGCUGAAGUUCCAAAUUUCAUAAAAAGUGCCAAACCGAACCAAAUUGCCAAAGUGCUGAAUUUCCGAAUUUUUUUACUAACCCGAAUUUCCAAACCUAACCAAAUUUCUUUGUCCAUGCACAUCCCUACAUAAUAACCUAUUACCUAGCCUAUUCUAGAUCACUUCCAUUCUCAUGAGCACUACUAAUAGUCAGCACAAGGAAGGGAAGAAGCCAAAAGCAAGCAAACAACAAACUUACAAAACUGUACAAAAGUCAGUCUUCAGAUAUAAACACUUGGUAAUCCCAUACUAAUCAGUUUAUUUGAUGUACAAAAGAAGUAGUCUACCAAGUUGUUUAGGGUAUCUAAUGAUAAUUCAGAACAAAGUAUUAAAUUAUGUAUGGUCUGAAGAUAUUGCUAACUGCCUAGGAGACUGUUUUUGUUUUUAAUCCUGACACCCUUAAAAACAACAUAAGGAGAAUUCAUGCAUAUCUGCUGCAUUUUACUGAUACACAUGCUUAUGUUUUUGGUUUCAGGAUUACGGAUGAGAUUCUUGCUACGAGCCGUCCAUCCACUCGUUUAAUACAAGAGCACAAUAUCACUGGGCAAUUCCAAAGGUAAAAGGGAUUACAGGGACCGUAAAAAUAUAAUUUGGGGUUUAUGUCAUAGUUUCAGGCCUACUACAAAAUCAGCCACCACAUGGCCAAACUCCAGUUCUCUCCAGUUGUCAUUACUUGUGGUAAUCUAGUUGCAGCCCACAUUAUAAUAUCCAGUCAGAAUGAGUCAGAAUUUACGACAUAACUUUGAAGAGACAAUGACUGGAUAUGAUUAAUUUUUAAUGCAGUAUAGAGAUAAUUGGAUAAUUGGUUAUAACAGUAGUAAUGCUAAAAUGAUUUCUGUGUAUCUUGGAAAAAUAUUCCAUGUAAACAUGAAAAUUAAGAAAUAUAGAAAUAUAUAAAAAGUGAAAAAAGGUGAAGGGAUGUACAUGUGUCAAACUAUGUAAACGUUUGACAUGAAACCUACUCCUCGACAGAGUUUGCAAAUAAUUGAUCAGACUACAGAAACAGCAGCUUUAAUAAAUACAUCAAAUAUGGCAUAUCAAAACGUAUUAGUCCCCUUGGCAGAUUAGUAUCAUUAGGUGCUUUGCACAAGGACACUUACCGGUAAGGUGGUCUGACCAGGAUUUGAUCCUGAGUCUUUCAGUUUUAAGGCAGUGAUGUGACCCCAGCUCUAACCAGACAAUAUAAAUAAAUUAGUAGAGAAAAAAAGAAAAACUAAUGUAUACCAACAAUAAUUAGAAAUUAAUAAAACCACAUACAAAGAGCUUGCAUUAUGAAAAGUAGGACAAUAUAAGCAGGUAUAUUAAAAUUUUAAAUGUAUAUAUAGGCCGUCCACACUGCGUUUAUGGUAUGAUAACUGCAAAAAUGUCCACAACAGCCAUAUAUAGAAAGUCCUCUAAAAUUAGCAUUGCAUAAUCCUUAUUGUCACAGAAACUGAUAAAAUGCAAUAAAAGCAAAAAGAUUCACAUAUAAGUAGCACAAACGUGACUAUAAGGAAACUUGCUCCAGGCAAAAAGGGUGUCCUCUAGUCUUAACUAAUGGUACACAAGUUCACCAGUCUGGCCCUCAUAUAUACAAUGGGAAUCGGCUUCUAUUCAUUCUGCUCUUUUCAAAGAGAAGUGAGGCUCACACACAAAAAUCCAACCCAAUGUGUUUUUUAGCAUCUCCUCAAGCACAGUAGGUUAUAUUAUGUAUUCUUAUCCAUGUAUUUUGCAAAUAAGUGUUUUGGAGGUGAGAAAAAUAAGAUUGUAUGUGGCAAUCCACAUUGAUGUACGUAGCUCAGUCCCUGAAUUGAGUUAAUCCAUCUUGGGUCCCCGUCAAUCAUUGUUUCCUUUUUUGCCACUAAAUAUAGAAAGUAACAUAAAACAAUGUAUCUGUUUGCCUCCUCGUUUGCAUUUUGUGCCCUGGCUGUGCCUAGGUUAUUGUGAUGUCAGUUUCUAAACAUUUAAUAUACAGGUUAACAAACAUUAUAGAUUUUUCAAUGUUUUCUUCAAGGGUGUAAUUUAAAGACAAAUGACAGCUCCCUUGUAAACUGUAAAUGCUAUUACUAUCAAUGUUUCCUUGAAGAAUCUUUUUUUUAAUGUCUUGGAUGUGGUUUACAAAUACCUAUUUCUAUGUGUACAGGUUUGGAAUUCACUCUUUGGUUAAUGCCCAGCUUCCUUGGGAACACCCUUACUGUGGAGACCCACUUGAACCUCAAAGUGGCUUCUCAUAUAGACCUCAGGACUUCAUGGAUUCUGGCAGUGAGUCAACUUCUGUUUGCAUGUGUGGAACCUGGAAGAGUAUCAGUGUAUAUGUGUGAUAGAUUAUAUGUCCCUGUGCUUGUUCUCCAGUGUAUAUCCAAUUCUGUGCUAUCAUCUAUGCACUUUGGUGUAUAACAUUGUGAAAUCCACUUGUGAAGUGAGCUAAUAGGCAGUGUGAUAUUAUUGUGAAGUAAUUAAGUGUUCUUGCAUAGCAAGACCACUUAAUGUUAUCUCACAUAUAUUUUAUUCUUAUUAUAGCCAAAUUUACUACCCUAACUCCUCCCACAGUUUUUACACUACAUAGACAGUAAUAUACCGAAACGUGCGGAUUGUUCCCAAUCGGAUAGCUAUUACUUUGUGGAACGUUUCGCCGAAUGGUUCACGGAAUAUCGUCGUUCUUGUGGCGAAAUUGAUCCCAAUUACGAAUUAAUGGCAAAAUGUUCAAAACUAGAGUGGGAGCUGGCAAAAGCUGUAAAAUCAGGACAUGAUUUCUAAACUGCCACCACACUCUCAUUUUCAAGCCCACCUACACAAAUAUUAUAUCAAAACGUUCAGCUAUCCCUGCUGCCACUAAAAAUGUCCACGGCUAAGCCAUAGUCCUGAUAGUUUUCACAAUAUGACCAUUUGUUUGCAACUCACACCGUCCAUUGACCUUCAUUGAAACUUAACUAUAGACAGCUCAAAUUUGAAGGGCAAUUUCUAAACUCCAACUGUGCCUUCAUUUUUAAUACUUCAGAGACGUACUAUGCAUCAAAAUGUAGGGUCUGGGUCUUGUGAUUCUCACAAUAUAAAGCUCAUCGCUGUAGGAUGUAUAGUUUUUAAAAUACGACCGUUUGAAGAUGGCAACUGCAAAAAUACUCUGACAUGUGCCAGGCUGGAGCAGCAAGUGAUGUCAUAGACAGGAACUUUUGUACACCUGCUAAUGUUUUUAUAAAUGUAUGCUUUAAUGUAACUGUGAAGCACUUUGGGCAACAACGUUGCAAUUAAAUGUGCUAUAUAAAUAAAUAAUAACAGUUACUCCGCCCACUACAGUUGUAGACUACUGGUGGAGGCAAGAACACCACACAAUUUCCCCAGAAAUUGUAGCUUUCUAGUUAAGAAAAUUACAAUCUUUUCAACCUUUUUUGCAAGACAGGUUAAUUUUUAGGAGAUCAUUUGUGAUGCCCUUAAAAAUAAAAAGACCAAGCACAUUGGAAAAAAAACUGGAAUAGAAGUACAGUAAUUUCACUUUACAGUGCUUUGCUAAUACAGUGCUUUUCGAUGAUAGAUGAUGAGCAUCCACUAUCUUCACAAAUUUAAAGGGACAUAUAGUCACCAAAACAACUACAGCUUAUUGCAUUUGUUCUGGUGAGUAUAAUCAUUCUCUUCAGGCUUUUUGCUGUAAACAAUGUCUUUUCAGUGGGUGGGUAUCGGUGGGUAUCCACUCAGUAUCAAGCUGGUUUUAUGCCAUCACAGAGAGAAUCUAAAUCAUUUGAACAUUUGAUUGAUCCCACAUAAAAGGGUGGUCAGAAAUACAAAAUACAGGUUGGUAAAGGAUAACCUAGAUGUGGACCCCUUAUUCACUUAGCCUAAAAUGGUACCGGCUAAGGCUUAUUCAUUGACAAACCUUAACAAGGUGGAAACAAUUGUCUGAGUGGGGACCCACCAAAGGGCAAUAUACUUGAGUUGUUGUCUGUUCUCAGUAUUCUCUUGUACUCUGAUUUUUGCCCUUUUUUUUGAUUAAAAAAAAAAGAGAUAAAGUUAAGGUGAAUACAAUGUAUUCAUAGUAUAAGGUUUCAUAGAUUGAGGGCAGGAUUUAGAAUUUUGGAAGAUGUGGGAAUCCAGUGUCACAAUGAGCAGAGUCUGGAAGUGGAAGAUGUUUUCACCAGUUAUCAUUCUGUAUUUUCCAGUUUCUUUCUACAACUUCAGUCUGCCUGAUUUUGGCGUCGUCCCUGUCCCACGAAUCCUGGAUGCAGUGAAGGUUAUAGCAUUUGCUCUACGGGAAGGAAAGGUUGCAGUACACUGUCAUGCAGGACUUGGCCGCACAGGUAAUCAUAUUAAUGAUGACAAUUUUUAAAUAAGUUUUAAAGGUCACUACAAGUACCAUAACCAUUUAAGUCCACUGAAGGGAUUGUGGUGCCAGAAUGCUCUGGCACCAUCGCUCAGUCAGAUGUCAGACCAUUUUAGCAAAAUUUUACAGGUUACCUGAGACCCACCUGGGACCUUUGCUGCAUCUGCGGUUUUCUCCAGGAGCAUAAACCAGAAGUCAUUAUAGCAAAGUAUGGCAAAUGCACGACUGCAGUCAUUGGAUGAGAGCACUCAGCUGGCCCACUCAGCCUUUGCUCUAAAAUGACAUCUUACUUAUCCUGGUGGACAAAAACUAUUUUACUUUCAAAUACUUUACUUUGCGGUAGAUUACACAAAUAUCUAUGCAAAUAGUUGUAUAGAUCAUGAGAAUUGUGUUUAACAACAAAGACAAAAUGGGAUAUAUGUAUAUAUGUUGCCAGUUAAGAUAAUUGUUAUUUUUCUCUGUCUUUCUUCUAGUGACAGGAUUUCCUUCCCACUCUCUCUCUUAGGAAUCCAUGAUUUCCGGUGUCUCUGGUAGUGAUGGAGUUUCCCCCUCUCUCUCUCAGGGGUCCUUAUCGCAUGUUAUUUGGUCUUCGCAUGUCGUGCUAGUGCUGCAGAUGUCAUCCGCUUUGUUCGUCUUCGACGUCCUGGCUCCAUCCAGACAGGGGCACAGGUUUCUUUGGUGUGUGAUUUUGCCCUAUUCCUAAAUUCACAGUGGGCAGUCUUUCCCAGCACCCAUCCAUCAUCUUCACCCUUCACAUUAUCUGAUUACCUAAUAAGCCAGCGUCAUCUUCUCCAUGGGCAGGAAGCCCGUAGUUUGCGGUACCUUCCCAAACCUGUGGCCAUACUUUGUCGAAGGCUGGCACAGUUAGCCAGGGGUAGUAGGGCACGUGGAGGACCCUGGGUAGAGCUGGAGAGGGAAAAUGCAAACAGGCUACUCCUUCAUACCAUUGCAAAAGCAGCAAAUGAACGCCAUAGAAAAGGUGAGCCUCGACCAAGCAGUGAGAGUGAAGACACUACUGAACACGGUGAAAAAGUGAAGAGGAGAAGAGUCCUCUUGCAGAGUCAGCUCACCUGUGAGACCGGAAUCCUGCAACUACUGCUCACUGGAGACACACAGGUAAGAAAUCAGGCAUACAGAAACUAUACAAUACAUAAUGGUCUCAGCAUGAAUGAGCUGCUGUGUCAUCUUGUAAACCAAAAGUCUAAUUUCAUGGGCUCUAUUCACUGAAACUGUGGCAAAUAAAUUCUGCCAUCUAUACUUCUUUUGUUUAUAUAUUUAAUAUUGUUUUUAUAAAUUUACUUGGUGUGGAAUGUUGAAAUUAUGUUCCCAAAAUGUAUCAGCAAACAAUACUACAUAAUAACACAUUUGAGUAAAUUGAAAUUUGCCUUUGAAUGGCCAUUCAAUAAAGAAACACUUUAGUGUUAGAAAUACAAACAUGUAUUCCUAACACUAAAGUGUCCAUCUGCCCCAGUACUACCCAGGUCGCAUGAAUAUGCCGUAUAUUGAAUUAACAUUUACUUUUCUAACCCAAGCCUGCUGCCGGGUAACAACUGGUAGCACUUCCUGCGCUGGGUGUUGGGGAACAAAGGCUGAAGUCAGCUCCCCCAAGUCAUUGCCCAAAAUAACAUUGGCUGGUAAAUCUUGCAUGAGGCCCACUUCCACGUCCCCUGACCCCGCUCCCCAAUCCAAAUGUACCCUGGCAGUGGGAAUCUUGUAUAUUGCUUCCCCUGCCACCCGUACUGCCACGUACUCCCCAGUGAGCUGGUUCUUUGGGACUAAGUGGUUACGAACCAAGGUUAUGGUGGCCCCUGAGUCACGCAGACCCUGGAGGCGUUUUCCCUCCAUAUGUACCCCUUGUCAAUGUCCUUGUCAGUUGUCGGAAGCCGCCUGUACCGGGUUGACUUCGUGUAGGGUACCCUCAGUGGAUCCUGUCGAAAAUGGUGGUUGUCGGGGCUCACUCUGGUAGCAGUGUACGGCUGCCCGGUUACCGGAGGGAUUGGUCGGAUUAUUCCAGGUUGAUCGGUUCUUGUUCCUGGGACAAUCUCGCUGUAUGUUGCCCUGUUGAUUGCACGUGUGGCAACGGAUAAAGGAAUGGUUGUUAUACCUGGGUGGGGGUUGGUAAUUCCCCCCCCCCGGGACGAGGUGUCGGGGUUGUGGUGGUAGCGGGAGGUGGUGUUGCGACCCCUGUGGUGGGUCGUAACUGUACCUGCUGUGCCCUUCUGGCAUAUUGGUAUUCGUCCGCCAAUCUGGCUGCAUCGGGUAAAGUAUGUGGUUUCCGAUCUCUCAGCCAAUUCAGUAAGUCCGGGGCUAACCCCUGGAAAAAUUGUUCCAAUAGAAGUAGUUGCAGCAUGUCCUCCACUGUAGUGGCUUUCGCCGCUUGGACCCAUCCCUUGGCGGCCCUGGUUAAGCGGUGUGCCCACUCCAUGUGAGAGUCUCGAUCCGAUUUUUGAAUCUCCCUGAACCGCUGCCGGUAUGCCUCCGGGGUUAUGGCAUACCUGGUUUUGGAUGGCCUGCUUCACUUUCUGGUAGUCCCUGCUGUCCUCGUCUGGCAUUGUGCGGUAGGCUUCGGCUGCCCGGCCUGCUAGCUUGCCCACCAGCAGGGGUAUCUGGUCGGUUGCGCUGAUGUCAUGUAGUUGGCAUAGUCUCUCAAAGUCGUGUAAGUAUCCAUCAAUGUCCUCUGUUUCCACGUAAUUUUUAAAAGCGUGGUAGGGGAUUUUGGGCUUCCCUUGCACCAUGCGAGGUGGGGUUGGAGAACCCUCUCUGGACCUCUGGUCUGCUUGCUGCUUGGCCAUUAAAUAUUCAUGCACAUCUGCCAUUAUUCUUUCCACUGUUUCUGUGGGGGGUGUUCCUGGGAAAAACGCCAGCUGGCUUUUGAGUUCUUUUUCAAACUCUGUCUGUGUAGUUUCCAUAGGAGGUGCUGCAGCAGCUGCUCUGUCUCCCUCCAUGAGUUUAGCGACAAGGAUGGCUUUAUUGCUGGCAAUGAUUCCCCUUGCUUCCAAUAGCUCCUUUAGUGUAGCCCAUUUCAAACGUGUAUAAUCUGUCCCCAUUCACUGUCCGUUCGGGUAUAUUCACAUACCCUCGACCUUCUGUUCCAUACGAAUAGGGAUUUCCACGAAUUGCUGUUCCUUUUCUCUUGUGGUUUGAAUCCCGUCGCUUGCCACCAAUUGUAGCGGAGUAGCAGGGGUUAAUCCAAGGAUUCUCCGCUGGAACAAAGAUUCAGCAUUCAGAAGUAUAAAACACAGCAUAAUCCCCCUCCCCAAGGACUAGACGACACAUAGUGUGGGAGUCAACUGGCUUUUAAUGCACAAGCUCCAUGCAAGGGAGGCAACUUCCAUAAUUAUUACAGUAUCCAAUCACAUAGUCGGUACCUCCCCCACAUCUCCUCCCCUUAGCUUAACAGUUAAACUUAUUAAAAUGUACACACUUUUCCCCAAUUCUUGGAUGUACCCCAAAUAAAUGAGGGAUCCCCUGGUAGCCCUGAUCUGGAUGAGAAACAUACUCAAAAAUCACCCAGAUUGGACCAGGGGUUUGGGAGUUAUUGAAGGGAAAAGAUUUGACCGACCGCACGGGCACAGUAGCCGAAAAUAGUUCCAUGAGUUCUGGCCCUGCGGUCGGUCUCAGUUCACGUAUAAAAAGUCCCGAAAGCCUUUGCUAUCCAUGCUUGAGUUUGCAUUCGAAUGAAUCCCCUAGUUUGCGGGAUUCAUACUACCGAAUGUUGGGCUGUUCAUGCAUUUUAUUCGUCCCUUUCCGGAGUGCCGGAGGUCUUAGCAGUGCUUGGUUAGUCAAGUGUCCGAUUUGAGUUCCAGACACUCGACGUCCAAACACCGCUGUUCGUACGUAAGAUGGCCGCCGCCACGUGUUCGGCAGACGAAUGGCGGCCGCACACGAACCUCAAUUACCAGCCUUUGCAACAUUGUUGCCUUCGGUAAUGAGGGAGACACGACUACACCGGGGUGGUCCCUCAUUCAGUAUUUUACACGUUUUCGUGGAUAAUAUAAUGGAUGUAGUUCGUGAACCGAUUGCCUGAAGAUAACCGUCCUAAUAGCAAUACGGCCAUUUUAAUCCAAGUUCAUUCGAAUCUCGAAAGUCCUUUCUCAGUCUCUUGGUGGCUACGUUUGCCACACUGAUCUUUAAUGCUGCAAAAGGAAGAUUAAAGAAAAAACUGCUGAAAACAAAUAUGCUUCAAAUUGUGAAGACAAACAGUGUUUAAAGCAAAUCUCCUAACAUUCAGUAACUUAUGGGGAGCAUUACAUCAGCAACUUGAACCCUUUUAAGUCAAACCUUUUACCAACGGUUUAAUCACAAAUGCAUUGACUACUACUGGCUUACCUAAAAGUCAGAAAUUAUGUUACAACUGCUAAGCAACUAGAGAUGGUGUUUUUAGAUAUACCAUUGAUAAUACAUUGAAUCACAACAGAGAAGGCAGCUUCAAUAUUAACACCUACUGGAUCAACUCGGAUUAAUUCAUGGAAUUUAUAUCAUUCAUUCCAUGCUGACACAAACGCACUCCACGUGCCCUGUGCAAGUGCUUCAUGAGAAAUUGCCCGGCUCUUCCCAUAUUAAUUGCAAAAGGCAUCUUGGCAAUUCCACGCUCUGUUCCUCUACGUCCGGCACUAAACUUCCGAAAGCUCUGAGCUGAAGACGAGAAAUAGCAUCAGCUACUUAAUUCUCAAUACCCGGAAUAUGCAGAGCCUUCAACCAAAUAUUUUUAAACACAACAAUACUGGAUUCCACACAAAAUUAAUAACAUAGCAACAUUUAGAAUGCAUUGAAUUACUAGCAUGUACCACAGACUUAUUGUCAAAGUGGAACAUAAUCCGUUUAUUCUGCAGUUCCUUGCCCCGUACUAAAAUUGCUGAUACAAUGGGACAAUCUACCAACCAACUGACCCUGCAGCUUUCACAAAUAAUUCUAAAGCUUCAUUAUCCUGAAAUUCCGUUUGCAAUAAUAAACAGCCAUUAUAUUCUUAUACGAAUUGAUCCCAAACUUUUAAGUCUUUCUAAUUUCUGCAGAAAUCCUUACGAAACAGUGAAUUGAUUUAUUUUUACACCAGCCAAAGACAUUCGCCUCCAAAAUACCUCUUACAGGCAUGAUACACCUGCCAAUGUUAAUAGUCCUAAUAAUGCCUGAAACUGCUUUAAUGUUGCUUUUGCUUGCAAAAAGAAUCCACUAUUUAUGUAUUUAUUUUAGAGCUUACAAAUCUUUUCUGCUGGCCGCUUACAUUCAAAGACAACAGAGACAAAUGUUAUCCUUAAGAAUUGAAUACAGGUCACUAGCCUCACUGUCUUCUCCACUGAUAACGGAAUAUCAAACCAUUCAUCUAACUACAGAAAAAACUCUAUCAACAUAACACAUUCUAACCUGACCUAGGACCAAUUAACAAAAUCAUCCAGAUAAUAUACAAUAGACUAUAAACUGGAUUCAGCAUUAUUCAACCCAUUACAAGAAUGAAGAAAAGCUUCAAAAUAAAAACAGGAGAUGGAGUAACCCCUUGGUAAACAUUUAUCAACAUAAAACUGCCCAGGAAUGAAAACACAAACAAAAACAACUAAUUGAACCCUUCCAGAUGCACUGGUUUUAAUAGCCAAAAGACUGAUUCAAUGUCCACCCUAGCCAUCAGUGCAUCCAGUCCCAAUGCAUGUACCCAUCCGAGUGCAUCAUAAAAUAUGCAUAGGACACCGAACAAGUAUCCUUGUCAAAUUCGUCAUUUAAUGACGCACUAAAAGGGUAAGAUAAAUGGUGAAUUAGCCUGAAUGACCCUGGCUUUUUUUUCUAUUAAACCUAAAGGAGAAAGGUGAAAAUUGGCAAAAGGAGGGUGGUCAAAAUGACCCGCUAGUCUACCUAAUUUUAACUACUUUUGCAAUUUCUUGCUGAGAGAUGCAACAUCCUGCAAAACAGAUUUAAAUUAUUAACCAGUGAACAACAUGAACCAGAGAGCAUUGGUAUUUUAAAACCUUCUGCAGAAAACUUAAAGCAACAGCUUAGCUCUCUCCCUGUUUGGGUAAGCCUGAAGCUAAGGAAGAAGAAGCCUUUCAGCUACGCUGGCGUCUAUGCCUUUUGAAAUUGGUCUUUUCCCUGACUGGAUUCUACUGCCAUUAUUUUACAACAGCAAAAGGCUGAAUAAUCUCUGCCCAAGUAUGAGCACUCAUUCUUAAACUGACAUGUAUUGGGCCAUUCACAAUGCCCCUCAUUAAAUAUCCAACAUAGGUCUUUUUUUUUUUUUUUUAAAUUGCUCCCACUGUGCCAGAAGCCCCUCUCCCUCUCUGAGGCAGCAUUAGAUUCAGCCAAAGACCAACAUCCUUCACUCCCCAUUUAGGGAAGAGUGGACAGCCAGUCCUUCUCUGAACAUUUCUCAUUGUUAAAGGACCACUAUAGACACCCAGACCACUUCAGCUCAAUGAAGUGGUCUGGGUGUCAGGUCCAUCUAGGGUUAACCCAUAAGCUGUAAACAUAGGUAAACGUUUAACCCCUUUCUUCCCCUAGAGCCUGGUGGGAGGGGGGCCAUGAGGGUGGGGGGACCAAUUAACACUAUAGUGCCAGGAAAACAAGUUUGUUUUCCUGGCACUAUAGUGGUCCUUUAACCAUGCUGAUCCACCAACAUCAUAAAAGCCUCUAGUAUAACUUCCACAUGCUGGAAAGUCCACUACAUAAUGUAUUUAUAAUGUGUGUAUAUAUAUAUAUAUAUAUAUAUAUAUAACUGCUUGCAGCCAGUUAUUAAAAUUACGUGGCAUCCUUGUCACUCUCUGCUCUGUGAAAUAUUUCACUGAAGGCAAAAGUGACAGCAAAUCAACAUAUUCACCUUUUUCUUUUUACAUGAGUCAUUAAGUGAAACCUAACGGUGAACUUUCACAUGGCAAUCUGUUUUUUUGGGUUUUGUUUUGUAAUUUAUUUAUUUAUUUAUUAUUUAUUUUUUAAAUACUCCCACUACCCCAAGCCUGAGCUGGACUUAUUUUUCUGUAAAACCUGUACCAUUUUAGGCACCGCUGCUAACACCUCACUAAUCUUAACCUACUCAGCAGAGUUGCGUUCGUACUCACCACUUGAAGUACCAGCUCUGCCUUGCACCUCCAUUUCUUGUAGGACUGACAUGUCGUCCAGAUGACUCUCACUCCCAUCAUCCAAUACUCUUCAGUACGUGUUCAUCCCGGCCCUCUAAUCUACCCUGACCCAAUAGGCACAGGGGAGGAUGGCAGGCUUCUUUUACUCCUUCUCUUCUUUCCAUGAGCUGUGUCUUUAAAUUCUGGAGUCAUUCUUCUGCACCGGAGUGCAUGCUCUCUUCUCCCCGCUUGUAUCGCGCAUCGCGGAAACUCAGUCAGACGGGAGCAUUCUGUAAGGGAGGAUGCUGCUACCAGAGGCUCCCUGUCAGCAUUGGAAGCCCCGGCGCCAAAAUUAAGUAGUCUCUUAACCAUGAUUCCCCUCCAGGCAUUUUUUGGAUUCUUUCCAUAUGGGACAUCAGGUCUUCAUAAGACAUGUUGCGGCUGGAACAGGUGUGGUGCUGGGGUCCGUCCAUGCUUCUCCUGUCUUGAAAGACCUCUGACAGGGAUUGCACUCACUCUGCCACUUUUAUGCUUACCUUGCUUCCCGCUCUUUUUCCUCACUCACAGCCAGCAACCAAUCACCAGUCAGCUCUUGUCCCCAGCAACAGCUGUGUCAUCAAAUCUGCCCAGCGACUUGUCCUACUCUGCCCAACAACCUAACCAGGGGUCAUGAACUUUCACUAACUUCCCCUCACUGAACCAACAGGACAACUUAACCCUUUAUUGCCACUAUACAUAUAUGCCACAGUACUUAAUUCCUGUGGCAUCUUUUUGCCUUUUUCAUAGUUUAAAAAAAAGCCUUUGGGGAUCCACAUGACUCCUAAAUUAGUAUAAGGGAGGUUCAAUACCUCCCUUAGUGGCUGCUCACUGUAAUAAAAAAACUAGAGACAGGGGAAGUAUUUCUUUUGAGCUGAUAAUUAAAUUCAGAGGGGACCUGACACAGAUUCUCCCCAAGCCUUUACCCAUAAGCAUUAGGUGAAGUCUUAAAAUUUAAUAAAAAUGAUGGAAAAGUUUUUUUCCACUUUUAAGGUUACCAUGAUUAUAAUUAAACAGGGGGGAGGGAGGUGCACAUGGGCACAUGGGAUAUAUCAGUGGCACAUGAGAUCUUAUAGAAUAAUAAAAGGUGAACCUAGUGUUCCUCCCAGCAUACCUAGCAGGUGUGGGUUAUUAAUAAACUGCAGAAGGAGGUAUUAAACUUUCCUUAUACUAAUAUGGGGGACCGCACCAACAUUUAAGUAAAAACAUUUUGAUGACUAACAGGGUACUGAAUCACGUUUUUGUGCGAUUUUAUUUUUAAUAGACGACCAGUUCAUCAAGUUCGGCUGCUUGAAUUUUCAGUUGCCAUCAAAUUCAGUUGAAAUUAAAUUUAAAAAAAGUUUAUGAUUAUUAACUUUUUUCAGCCAAUAACGUUAAACCAAGGGAUCUUGGGGGUGUCUUUUCCUGUCACACUCUUCAUAUAUAAAUGUCAUGACUGGACGUUGUUUGACAGUGUUAUAUGUUGAGAAUUGUUUAUCCUUGUUUAUUUACUUUUAUGAAUGUUUGAUUGUGCGUGUGUGUGUAUCUGUGUCCAGGUGUGUGUAUGUAUCAGUGUGUGUAUGUAUCAGUGUGUGUAUCUGAGUGUCAGGGUGUAUAUCUGUGUGUGUGUAUAUAUGUGUGUGUCAUAGUGUGCCUGUGACAGGAAGAUUGUAAUUAAAAAUGUAAUUUAGCCCAUGUAUAAACGUGAUUCAGAGAGAAGAGGUUAGGUUCCUUGUUAAAAAAAAAAAAAAAAAAAGGGUGGGGGGGACUGUGACGGACCGCUGGCACUCCGACUGAGUACCUCCGCCAAUCGAUGCUCCUAGUGCUCGCUGAGGACUCCAACCGACACCAUCAGCACUGCAGACCCCACUUCCAGCAAUGCAACUGCGCAGGGGUCUCUGCUGUCUCCACCCACCCUGGACCCAAGGCCAGGAUCCAGCUUCCAGUGGGUGAACCUCUCUUUCCCCAGAGAGCAGGAACAGGAACAAGCUCUUAGCAGAACUUAGUGAUCAUACCCUGGGGAGUAUAGUGAUUAUAGCAAUCCCCAGAGUGUAUUUCUCCAAUCCCCCAAACAUGAGCCAAGGCUUAAUGCUGGAACAAGACUGAUUUACUGGCACACAGAACUCACAAUUUAUGCAACACAAAACUCCUCCUCUGGGCCAGGCUAGAUAAUUGAGUUUCUACAAUACACAAAGCUCAAUUAUCUGCUGGCCAGAAAUAAUAAAGUUUUUACAGCAUUCAUAACUUAUAAAAUAUAGAUCACAUUCACAUAAAAAUUAUAUAUUCACAAUCAAUCCAUUCAGGGAAACAACAUAUCCAAGAAUGGCAUGAAUCAGACUAGGGGUUCAGAAGUUAGUAAAGUAUUUUUUGGGGCCUGGCUGGCAGCAUGACUAUCUGUCCCAAACCGGUUUUACAGAGCCCUCUAGCCUGGAGACAAUGGGGAAAGUAAUCCAAUUAUCCAGGGAUAGAGGCAGACUCCAUUGAGCACAUGUUCCCAGUAAAACACAAAGGAUACAAAAAUACAUAACUCCUAUCAUACUGAAUUGAACGGGCAAAAUCUCCCAGGGUCCAUAGUCACAGGGCAAGAGGCGGGCAAGCAGUCCUCUCCAGGCACAAGUGGCGAAGGGCACUUCGUCACAGGGACAAUAAGUAAAAUUGUAGAUAAAUCUUUUUUCAUUAAAUAGUCAUUUAUAAUAAAUCGAAAAACUAAUUGUAAGCUUUAAGUCAUAAAAUCCUUCAUAGAAAAGUGUUUCAAUUUAUAUAUAUUUUUUUACAUUGAAAUUCUAUAAAGAAUAUCACAAUUAUCUUUUCAAUUUACCCCUAAUUAAAGUUACCUUUACAUGCCCACCAUAAAAAAAUUGAUAUUGCACGUUUUCAUUACUGUCUGUGUGUGUGCAUCUGAGUAUGCGUAUAUGUGUACGAGUGUCAGUGUGCAUGUGUGUGUAUAUAUCAGUAUGUAUUUGUGAGUCAGAGUGUGUGCAUGCAUCAAGGUGUGUGCAUGUGCCAGUGUUUAUUUGAAUUUUUGUGUAUAUGUCAGUGUGUUUAUAUGUGUGUAUCUGUGUACUAAUGCAUAUGUAUAUUUGUGUAAGUAUGUAUGUAUAUGGUCAAGUAUAUGUGUAUGUGCAUGCAUCUAAGCAAUCACUCACCAACACAACAUGAAAACACACUCCUGCAAUCUAACAGAAAUAUUACAUACAAAUAUACCCCUAAAUACAAACUCCAAAAUUAUAUACAAAAAUAUCCCUUCACUCAAACACCAAUACUACACACAAAUGUACAUGCACAAUUAAAAGCCUCCACUACAAACAAACAUCCCUGUCAGAGGCAACUUUCUAUUUGGCGAUUUAGGCGGCAGCCUAAGGCCUCACACUGUCAGGGGCCUUGCGGCCGUCUAAAUCACCUGAGGGCACACUGACAUGUCGGGUUCUCGGUCAAUGACCGUGGACCCGACACAGGAGGGGACCCUGCGGCUUGCCCUUUAUGCCGCCGGGUGUGAGGCCCCUCCUGUCAGUCUGCCCAGGGAGAGAGCCAGCCUUCAGUCUGAAACUCCACUGGGUGAGAGCUGCAGCCUGAAGUGUCUCGCAAUCUCCAGCCAAUCAGAGCGUUGCCGCAGAUUACCACGGCAACGCUCUGACUGAAGAUUACGAGACAUUCCCCAUGUGGUCUGCAGCUUUGCAUCCGGCUGAGCUGCAGACCGUAAAAUCCACCGGACCACCAGGGACACUGGGAGCCCACUGGACCACCAGGGAAGGGCAUCUCCAAAAAAAGAAAAAAAAGGUACAUUACACCCCCCCCUUACCCUGUCACCCCACUUACACUAGGUCACCCCCCUAACACUGUAACCCCCAUAACACUGUCACCCCCUAACACUGUCACCCCUUCACAUCCUGUCACACCCCUCUCACCCUGUCACCCCCUAACACUGUCACCCCUUCACAUCCUGUCACCCCCUAACACUGUCACCCCUUCACAUCCUGUCACCCCCUCUCACCCUGUCACCCCCCUAACACUGUCACCCCCGUCACAUCCUGUCACCCCCCUAACACUGUCACCCCUGAAAAUCCUGUCCACCCCUAACACUGUCACCCCCUUCACAUCCUGUCACCCCACUAACACUGACAUCCCCUCUCACCCUGUCACCCUCACCCUGUCACGCCUCUACUCUGUCACCUCCUUACUCUGUCACCUCACCCUGUCACCCCUCACACUAUGUCACCCCUCACACUAUGUCACCCUCUCACUCUGUAAUCACCCCUCUCACUCUGUAACCCCUUACUCUGGCACCCCCUCUUACUCUGUCACCCCCCUCACACUAAGUCAUCCUCCCUCUAACAUUAGGCCACCCCCUCUCACUCUGUCAACCACUUACACAAAGUCAUUCUCCCUCUCACUCUGCCACCCCCCUACACUAUGUCACCCUCCCUCUCAAACUAGGUCAUCCCCUCUCACACUAGGUCACCCCCUUUACUCUGUCCCCCCCUUUCACUCUGUCACCCUCCCACUCUCACUCUUUUACCCUCCCACUCUCACUCUGUCACCAUUCUCCGCACACACUGACACCACUCUCCGCACACAUUGUCACCCCCCUCCAUACAUAUUGUCACCCUCUCCAAGCACACUGUAACUCCCUCCAAACACACAGGCACCACUCUCCGCACACACGAGCACCACUCUGCGCACUCAGUGCCAAAGGCCACAGGCAGUACACAAACAUACACAUGCUCAAAGAAACAUACAUACUGACACACACUCUCAGGCACACUCAGAUAGACAAUGCAACGAUGUAUACAGAGAGAGACUAGCUCCCUAUAUCUAGUGCUGCAAGCUCCCCAUUCAAUAUAUCUACAGCUUCUUAUACACACACAAGUCAACUGCCAUUUUUUUUUUUCAAUAAUGGUGUUAGUUGGGGCCUCGUGUAUGAGUUUCGACUAAGGCCUCGCCAAGUCUAGAGCCGCCACUGAUCCCUGUAUUCAAACGCAAACACUACACACCAGCGCACCACUGCAUUACAAUAGCAAUUAUACAUACAAAUACACCCCUCUAUACACACAUAUAUUCUAUACAAAAGCAUGUUUAUAUUAAAACCCACAAACACUGCACACAAAUAUUACCCUGCAAGAAUGGGAAAAUGGUAGAUCCCCAGCUUGCAUAAUUAUUGUUGGAGUUGUACGACAGAUAGGGAUCUACCUUUUGGCCACUCUUGCACUAGAGAGAGGCCCAAAAAACGUUCUUGCGCCAGGGCCCUCUCUUCAUUAGUUCCGCCACUGCUGGCCUCAUAGUGGCACAUUACACAUUGAAGUCCUUCAUUUGUAAAUGGUGUUGUGUCAAGUUCUAUAGAUAUGUUAUGUUAUCAUUUUCCGUUUUAAUUUCCAAGUGUUAUUUCAAGCUGCUAUCUGUUAUAGCUAUUGUAGACAUUGUUGCAAAGUUGAUUAACCCCAUAUAAUCAGUGUUAGAUAAACCUUUCAUAACAUUUUCUUUCAGGUGGACAUUGUAAGUAAUGGGAUUUGUCAGCUUGGACUGGCUCCAAAGACUCCUUUGAUACCAGAGGAUAGAUUGCCAGAAGACAAACAAAGGAACUCAAACACCAAUGUCACAAAUGUAAGCUCAAUAGCCAAAGAAUGAAAGUCAGAACAUUAAAUGUUUAGUAUUAAAUGAACAGUCCAAGCUCCAGAGCAAAUCAGUUGGAUGAGAUACGUUGUAAAAACUGUGUGUGUGUAUGUGUGUGUGUGUGCUUCCAUUGUUUUUUGUUGUUUUUCUGUUUUUUGUUUUUUAGAUAAAGCUCAACCAAAUGAUUUUUUUAGGUAUGAAAACUAAAAAUGGAAAGAUGGUUGGAACUCGGCACCAUAAUUUUGCUGCCAAGCCUAUACACAACACGUGACAUAUGACAUUAUGCUUUCUUAACUACUAGAUCCCAUCUAUGCACAUUACUGUUUAUGGUAACUGUGACUGCUUACUACUUUGAACUGCCGGUGAUUUUUUUUUUCUAACAUUUGGCAGGAGAACAGAGGGGCCAUAAUGCCCUCCCCACAUGUGUUGUGCAUUGCAGAAGCACUGGCAGGUUUGGAGGAUCCAGACCCUGAUACCAAGGAAGGAGUUCAAAGUAUGCAGGUCAGAAAACCAAUGGGAUGUGGCUACUUAUAAUUGAUUACAGAGAGAUUGAUAUGUUUAUUAUAUUUAGUUUCUGUUAUUUCCUAUGGAUAUGUCAUCACCUCUGCCACAAAAUAGUGUAUUUUAAGAAUAUAAAUUAACACUUAUCUUAUAGUUUUCACGUUUCUCAAACAAAUCCAAAUUCAAUAUCAUAAUCAAAAGGGGGAGAGUUAAAUAUCAAGACACAGGUAUGAACUCAGACAUACUCAAGUCGAAAAGUAAUAAAUAUGUGCCCUUGGGUCAAAUCCCCUCGAAAAUGGUAGACACUGUUUAUGGAACUCUAUAUAACUUUAACUUUGAUUGUCUUAUAGGUGAAAGAAGCAGAUUUGUACACAUGUAAUCUAUUGAAAUAAAUGAUGAUGGCUUAUUAAGUGUUUUCUUAAUUAAUGAUUUAAAAAAAAAUAAGACAAAUUAUUCCCUAUUUAAAUUUAAAGGGACACUAUAGUCACCAGAACAACUGCAGCUUAACCCCUUCAGGACGGAGGGCGUACUAUUACGCCCUGCAGGAGCCGGCUCUAAACGCCGGCGGGCGUAAUAGUACGCCCUCACUUUAAUGGCCGCCCAUGUGGCCGGCGCUAGUCGCCCGCUGCAGAUCGCGGUCGGGGGGGAUGCCCGGCCCCCCAGGCAACCCCCCCUGUGGCCGGUGACCGCGAUCUGCAGUCACUGAUCGCAGUGACAGGCUGUCACUGCGAUCAGUUUUUUAACGUGUGUCAGCCGAUUUCAAAUCGGCUGACACACGUGGCCAGCGGCUACCCCGUGCAGAUCGCGGUCGGGGGACUUACCUGGCCCCCCAGGCAGUCCCCCUGGGGUCAGUGACCGCGAUCUGCACCUUCUGAGAUCACAGUGACAGGCUGUCACUGCGAUCUCAGAGCGCUCUGAUCGCAGUGACAGCCUGUCACUGCGAUCAGUGUUACAUGUGUCAGCCUAUUGGCUGACACAUGUAACUGGCACACAGAUCCCCCUGCAGAUUGGAAGGGGGGAGUGCUUGUACCACCCAGGCACUCCCCCCUGUGGCCAAUUACCCAAUCUGCAGGAGGUGAUCACAGUGACAGGCAGUCACUGUGAUCACUGAUCCUGUGUGUCAGCCAGUGAUGUAAAAUCACUGGCUGACACUGUCUCUGCCCCCUGUCCUGUAAUAAAAAUAAAAUAUUAGUUAAAAAAAAUUACAGUUAAAUAUAAAAUAUACUUAGAUCAUAUAUAUUAUAUAUAUAUAUGAUCUAAGUAUAUAUAUAUAUAUAUACACACACACACACACACACACACACACACAUUUACACAUACACGAAGUGUAUUUAAAUAUUAAUAUAUAUAAUUAUUUAUAUAUAUAUUACUAUCAAAUUACACGUAGACUAAUACUGAUUAAAUAUAUAUAUAUAUAUAUAUUGUUAUAUAUAUAUAUUUAUAUAUAAUAUAAAAAAAUGUAAAUACGUAAAAAAAAUAAAAUUAAAAAAAUAAUUAAAAAUAAAUAAUAAAAAAAUAUAUAGAUGUUUGUUAUUUCGUUCUAACUGUAUUGUGAUAUUAAUAUAUAUAUAUUUAUAUCAAAAUACACGUAGAACGAAAUAAUAUAUAUAUCUAUAUACAUAAAUAUAUACAUAUAUAUCACUAAAUAUAUACACCUAUAUAUAAAUAAAAAUAUUUUAAAAAAUUAUAUAUAUAUAUGUAUAUAUACACAUAUGUAUAUAUAUACAUAUAUUAAUUCUACACAUAUAUUUAUGUAAUAUUUUUACAUAAUUAGGUAUCCUAAUUAAUUACAAUUAGCGGGACCUGCCUGACAACCCAUGCCGAAAGUAUAGGGAAUUUAAUUUGCUAGCACUAUAUUUAACCCUAUAACUUUCCAAGACACCAUAAAACCUGUAAAUGGGGGUACUGUUUUACUCGGGAGACUUCGCUGAACACAAAUAUUAGUGUUUCAAAACAGUAAAAUGUAUUACAACAAUGAUAUCGCCAGUAAAAGUGAAGUUUUUUGCAUUUUUCACGCACAAACAGCACUUACACGGAUGAUAUUAUUGCUGCAAUACUUUUUACUGUUUUGAAACACAAAUAAUUGUGUUCAGCGAAGUCUCCCGAGUACAACAGUACCCCUCAUGUACAGGUUUUAUGGUGUUUUCAAAAGUUACAGCGUCAAAUAUAAGGCUUGUGUUUCAUUUUUUCACAUUAAAAUUCGCCAGAUUGGUUACGUUGCCUUUGAGACCCUAUGGUAGCCCAAGAAUGAAAAUUACCCCUAUGAUGGCAUACCAUUUGCAAUAGUAGACAACCCAAGGUAUUGCAAACAGGGUAUGUCCAGUCUUUUUUAGUAGCCACUUAGUCACAAACACUGGCCAAAAUUGGCGUUUUUUUGCAUUUUUCACACAAACAGAUACUAACGCUAACUUUGGCCAGUGUUUGUGACCAAAUGGCUACUAAAAAAGACUGGACAUACCCCAUUUGCAAUACCUUGGGUUGUCUACUAUUGCAAAUGGUAUGCCAUUAUGGGUGUAAAUUUCAUUCCUGGGCUACUAUACAGUCCCAAAGGCAACGUAACCAAUCUGGCGAAUUUCAAUUUCAAAUGUAAUGUGCUAUAUUUGACCCUGUAACUUCCCAAAACGCCAUAAAACCUGUACAUAGGGGGUACUGUUUUACACGUGAGACUUUGCUGAAUACAAAUAUGUGUAUUUUAUUGCAGUAAAAGCAAACAGUAUUAUGACACUGACCGUUAAAAUGUAAUGUAGAACUAAAAAAAUCAAAAAAAAUCUUAUUUUCUCCCAUUUUUUUCAUAUUAAAUUAUGUUUCAUAGCUAAAUAUUUGAUAUUAAAUGAAAGCCCUGUUUCCCCUGAAUAAAAUGAUAUAUAAUAAGGGUGGGUGCAUUUACUAUGAAAGAGGUGUAUUACGGUUGGACAGACAUGUAGCGCAAAUGCCAGGUUUUGUUUACAUUUUGUUUCGUUCCCAACGUGUACAUUUGGCUCCGUCCUUAAGGGGUUAAUGUAGUUGUUCUGGUCUCUACAGUCUGUCCCUGCAAGCAUUUUCAUGUAAACACAGCCUUUUCAGAGAAUAAGAAAAUGCCCCAAAAUGUUUUUUAGUUCUUGACAUCAUCAAUAGCUUUCGAAAUUCUUACUAGACAUCUGCAUUAGUAUUUGAAGAAAUUUUGGAACACUCUAAAUAGCCAUGGUAGGUCAUAAAGAACAUUUAAAUAAAGCAAAUGGCAGUUUUUCUCAACUCUGGAAAAUACAUGCUUCCAAUGGAAUAUUAUUGCUAAGUUUAGUUAAAAAUUCAUUCAGGAAUUGAUUUAUAUUUGGGACAUCUUGGCCUUAACCUUGGGAAGCACUAUCAAUAUUGGUUCUUCUCCUUUGUGCCUUUCCCACUAGUGCUACUUUGCAGUAUGCUGGCUGGUGGAUAUUUUAGGUCUCUCAGCCUUUACUGUAUUUCUCUCCUAAUACUUGCCACCUGUAAAAUUAUUGUUGCCAUCCUCCUAAAUACCACAGUUCUUAAAUUUAUACCUCUAUGCUUGUGCCGCUUACUUAUGAAAUAUACACAGAUUAGCUACAACAUUAAAACCGGAGGGGUAUCGGAUCUUACAGGGCACAUGCUCUAGUGCUUAAAUGUUACGAGUGCGCAUGCGCGUUUGGGGGGUCGUCCAGCGCAUGUGCAAUAGCAGUGUCAAAAUACCCUACCCUAUACGGUGCAUGUGUCCUGCACAGUUGAUUUAGGCGCAUGCGUACUGACAGCGUGUGCAAACCCUACCCCAAUACUGUGCAUGAGCAGUUUAACAUCAUAUUAACAUACCCACCAGCAGGCACAUGCGUACUCGCAACGUUCCAGCACCAGAGGUGCCCCGUAAGAAUGCCAUACCCUCUCCUGGUGGGGUGCCGGUGUUCUAUCAAAUUUCCCUACCAGUGAAAAUCCCCUCGUCACUUCCGGUGAGGGGAAUCAGCUGGAUCCUGUGAGUGCACAUGCGUGCUAGCACUCCUGCUACUCCUCCACAGCAAGGUCCUGGAAGGUAAGUAAAACUAGUUUUACACUUUCAUUAUAGUUAGUGCAUUCACUAAGCUUAGGACAUGGGACAUUUAGGGUUAAUGUUAGGGUUCAAACCUCUACAGUGUUGAUACCCCUACAGUGUUGAUACCCCUACAGUGUUAAUACCCCUACCCCAGCACACACAGUGUUAAUACCCCUACCCCAGCACACUAUGUGUAUUAACACUGUGUGUGUAGGAGUAGGGGUAGGGGUAUUAAGGACUAUGUGUGCUGGGGUAGGCUGGGGUAGGGGUAUUAACACUGUAGGGGUAUUAAGGAGUAGGGGUAUUAAUGAAUAGGGGUAGGGGUAUUAAGGACUAGGGGUAGGGGUAUUAAGGACUAUAAGUGCCCCAAGUCCUUCCCUUACCUUUUGUGAGAUGGACUUUCCAAGUGUUCUUCAAUAGCUUCAGUAGAGUGGCGACCGGUCCAAGAUGGCACCCGCAUUCCUCAGCACGCAAUGCAGCGUCUAGGUAUUCUAUGUCUAUGGGCACACAGAUAAGCCAACCUACAGCUGAUUCAGCCUCACUUCCGGAGCGGUUGCGUCACCCAAUAUGGUGGGGGUAGGGAAUUACAGAUAAGGAUUUUUUUGGAUUGAACACCGGUGCUCAGAUAAAGGGCUACAGCUCAUUAGAAAUGCCUGAUGGGUUCCCAAAACUUGUGGGUUCCAGGGGGCUGCAUUGCUGGUAGUUUGGCACACAGCUGAGCAGAUAAGUCUAUUGAUCACUUUGCCAGCUCAAGUAGAGCCCCUCACUUUCAAAUCCAGAGCUCCAGCACCAAUGGGCCCCUGCCUGAGCCUGGGCCCUUAUUGGCAGCAUGUGCUCCACAAUGGGUAAUCUCUGCACUCAUAGUUACAUUUACACACUACAUACAUAUCUGUAAGAGACUUUGUUACAUUCACACACAAUGUGUCUAUGUGGAGAUGAGAUGAAAAGUAUGGUUGACUUUUUUGGAAACAAUAAAUUAAAUUCCGAUGUUAUUCAUUUGAUCAGAUGUUAAAGGAUUUUAUUUUAUAAUGCAAGUGAAUGAGAUUUGGAAAGCCUGUGAAAAUAAUAGGCUUUGGUGCAAUUAUUCAACACUUUUGACACAGAUAGCUUCAGCAGUAUUGUGGGUUUAACAAAGGAAAUCAGCUUUGGAAAAUGUAAUACAAAAAUCAGUUAUGAAUGGUAUAAUACCCUUUAAAGACAAAUUGUUGCUUUGAUUCCUGCUAUCAAGAAAGCAAGCUAUGAGACACAUGCCGUAGUUUCCUGUCAUUUUCAUUACAUUUUUUCAUUUUCUGUAGAGGCUGUUGAAUGAACAGGAAUCAUGGGGAUCAAUAUACACAGAAAACAACCCAAAAAUCAUCUGCACUCUGCUCUGGGAUUGGCUACAGCAACUGAAAGUUGGUUUGCUAUUUCAGAUCUUCCAUAGAACUGUGAUGCUGAGCCUUGCUCAUAUAAUAUAUUUGGCAUGCAUGCAAUCAUUUUCAAUGGAAAUGAUGAUUUACUAAGGCAUUUUUGCAGAAACAAGAUGUCAGCCAAAAUCAGUUUCUGGCUAUAGUCAUGUAUCUUUACAUCAGGAAUAUGGAUUUUGUUUCUAGUGACAUCCAAAUGAUGAUGGUUGGAUUCAAUGAUUUGCAAACAUAGUUCUCGAUUUAACAUUUUUGGUUAAGCAUUUCAAAUUAUUUCAUAUUUUUAGAUCAGCUUUUAAAAUUAGUUUUCAAUAUAUUAAAAAAAAUCAAAACAUAUUUCAUUAGUGGGGAAAGUAAUGGAAACCAUGUUAAAGGAUAGGAUUUUUGAACAUCUAAAAUUACAUGGAUUUCAAGAUCAGAGACAACAUGGGUUUACUUCAGGGAGAUCAUGCCAACCUAAACUUAUUGAUUUUUUUGAUUGGGUUACUAAAAUAAUAGAUCAGGGUGGUGCAGUAGACAUUGCUUACCUAGAUUUCAGUAAGGCUUUUGUCACUGUUGCACAUAGAAGGCUUAUCAAUAAACUGCAAUCUUUAAGUUUGGAUUCCAAUAUUGUUGAAUGGGUAAGGCAGUGACUGAAUGACAGGCAACAGAGGGUUGUAGUCAAUGGAGUAUAUUCAAAGCAUGGGCUUGUCACCAGUGGGUACCUCAGGGAUCUGUACUUGGACCCAUUCUCUUUAAUAUGUUUAUUAGUGAUAUUGCAGAAGGUCUUGAUGGUAAGGUAUGUCUUUUUGCUGAUGAUACUAAUAUAUGUAACAGGGUUGAUGUUCCAGGAGAGAUAAGCCAAAUGGCAAAUGAUUUAGGUAAACUAGAUAAAUGGUCAGAAUUGUGGCAACUGGCAUUUAAUGUGGAUAAGUGCAAGAUAAUGCAUCUUGGAUGUAAAAACCCAAGGGCAGAGUAUAGAAUAUUUGAUAGAGUCCUAACCUCAACAUCUGAGGAAUGGGAUUUAGGGGUGAUUAUUUCUGAUGACUUAAAGGUAGGCAGACAAUGUAAUAGAGCAGCAGGAAAUGCCAGCAGAAUGCUUGGUUGUUUAGGGAGAGGUAUUAGCAGUAGAAAGAAGGAAGUGCUCAUGCCAUUGUACAGAACACUGGUGAGACCUCACUUGGAGUAUUGUACACAGUACUGGAGACCGUGUCUCCAGAAGGAUACUUAAGAGAGAGUUCAGAGAAGGGCUACUAAACUGGUUCAUGGAUUGCAGGAUAAAACUUACCAGGAAAGAUUAAAGGAUAUUAACAUGUAUAGCUUGGAGGAAAGACGAGAUGGGGGGAUAUGAUAGAAACAUUUAAAUACAUAAAGGGAAUCAACACAGUAAAGAAGGAGACUAUAUUUAAAAGAAGAUAAACUACCACAACAAGAGGACAUAGUCUUAAAUUAGAGGGGCAAAGGUUUAAAAAUAAUAUCAGGAAGUAUUACUUUACUGAGAGGGUAGUGGAUGCAUGGAAUAGCCUUCCAGCUGAAGUGGUAGAGGUUAACACAGUAAAGGAGUUUAAGCAUGUGUGGGAUAGGCAUAAGGCUAUCCUAACUAUAAGAUAAGGCCAGGGACUAAUGAAAGUAUUUAGAGAAUUAUGCAGACUAGAUAGGCCGUAUGGUUCUUAUCUGCCGUCACAGUCUAUGUUUCUAUAUAUAAAAAUGUAUAUAUCAAUGUAUAAAAUAAUAUUUUUUUACAGUAUGAAAUCAUUUGCAAAGCUUAUCCAAAAAUAUAAAAUCAAUGCCAUGAAUGUACAUAUAUUACUUUUCAUUCUUUUUCCUCCUCCCAGGAACCUGUGCUAUGCCAGGAAGAUGUAAAUCUAUUUUGUGAUGGAGACUGGAGAGAAAAUCUGACUAGACUUAGCAGGGUGAGACCACACGUUAUCUAAAAAAAAAUCUGAAUAAAAUCCACUUUCUUGAAUUUCUACAUCUGUUGUCACCUUAUUUUAAAUACAGUAUUGUCAGUAUAUGUUCAGGCUCUACAUUAUAUAUCUUAACUUUUUUUUCUUUUAAACAGUAGUAAGACAGACAUCUCCAUAUGUACAAAAAUACUUAUAUAGAAAACAUGUGAGAAUCUACACCAAACAAUGGAGUCCUCAAUGGUAUUUUAUUUUCAGGGAGCAAAUUAAACAGGGAAAACUAAGAAGUAUUAAUAUACAAACUGGUGGCUCUUCAUUAUAGCAAUGAAGAAACAGCAAACUUCAGAAGUGUCUUGAAAAGAUUAUAAUCCUGAGCAGGCAUUCACCAGAACAAAAAGCUUGAAAUCUCACUAGUAAUUUUUCUUUAUUAUUUCUUGGAACUUAAAGGAACACUAUAGGGUCAGGAACACAAACAUGUAUUCCUGGCCCUAAAGUGCUAAAAUCACAAUAUAGCCCUCCCUGCUCUCCCCUAACUAUAGUAAAAUCUUACCUUUAUUCCAGUCUGCUGUUGCUGGCUCUGCAUCUGAUCUGCCUCCUUGGCUGACAUCAUCAGAAGUGAUGAUGUCAGCUAAUCAAAAUCCUUGCCAAUAGGAAAGCAUUGGAUUAGCUGAGAUUGUCAAAUUCUGCUAAAGACAGCCCUGGCCAAUCAGCAUCUCCUCAGAGAGAUGCAUUGAACCAAUGCAUCUCUAUGAAGAAAGAUAAUUAUCUCCAUGCAGAGGUGUGCAUUACUGCCCCAGGAAACACCUCUAAUCAGCAUCUAAUUGGCCACUGGAGGUGUCCCUAGAUUGUAAUGUAAACACUGCCUUUUCUCUGUAAAUACAUUGUUUACCUCAAAAAGCCUGCAUAGACUGACUAUACUCACUAGAACAACAACAUUAAGCUGUAGUUAUUCUGGUGACUAUAGUGUCCCUUUAAAUGUUGUCUGUAACUGCAAAUACUGUGAAUAAAAAAAAGAAAAAUGUUUCCGUGUGUCACUUCCUCUUAUCAAUACUUCUGCAAUGUUAUAAAAAUCUCCAAAACCCUUUAAUGAUUGAGAAGUUUCAUAAAGGGACGUGUCACUCUGAGAUAUAACCUAAAAUAGUAGCUAUAGAAUCAUAAUCUCAUUGUACUCAUUAUAUGUUAAUCAGAAACAACUCAUACUAUAAUAUUCUAUAAAAUGUGUUACAUCGCAACCUUGAACAUGAACACAUUCAGAGCUGAAUGCAUUUUGCGUUUCCUGAGUUCCAUGUUACUUUUACAGCUCAGUUUUUGGCCUUAAAUUUUCUUUUUCAGUGCUUAAUUCUUCCCAGUUCAGUGAUUUUUACCACUUGUUUCCUUUUAAAAUGUCGCACUGUCCUUCUGUCAUUAUUAUUAUUAUUAUGUAUCUUGCAGAGUCAGGGUGAGACCUUAUGCUGUCUCCUUCAGUGUGUCAGUAAAUUGCCAUCUUUACCAACGACAUUGGAAGACCUAGUGCUAUUGAGAUUGAUCAGAGCACUGACUCAGGUAGGUCUGGGAUACAUUUUUUCUCCAAUGUAAUGUUUAUAACCAUCAUUUAGACAUGUCAGUUAUAUUGUCACCUUUUCAGGCUGAAAGACUGUUUGGGUGUGAUAUCAGUAUAGGCAGUGCUCCUUAAAGCCUUCUAAGCUUUAAGAAAAUGAAAAUAUGUGCAUGAUUGAAAACAUGACUCAAGUACUACUAGUGUCUAGACCAGGGUAGGCAACCUUCAGCACUCCAGAUGUAGUGGACUACAGCUCCCACAAUGCUCGUACAACCUUAAUGCUGGCAAAGCAUCAUGGGAGGUGUAGUCCAAAACAAGGUUGCCUAUGCCUGGUAGACGGAUACUGUAUCAUUUGUGUAGUUGGAAAUUCCUUUGAGAGAGUGGUUCUUGUUUUCACGCCCUUGCCCCAGGUUGCUGAAAGUAUCAUUUAGCGUGGAUGAAUGUUCUGUGAUCAAUGUGGAUGAUCGUACUCUCCACAGUAUGAGUUUAAGCUCACUGCUCAGUAUGAAAUGGAAGGAUUGCCCUCUGUAGAAAGUUUGCUCCUCAAUGUAGAUGAAGUUCUAUCAUCAGAGUAGCUGGGAAACCCUUACUCCUUGAUUUUGGUUAAUACUAUACUUGUGUAUAGAAGACUUUAUGUCAGUUUGGAUAGAAUUUCACCAAUUAGAAUUAAUUGAUACCACAUUUUUUCUAUUUUAAUACUUGCAAAAAUAUAAUAUUCAGGGAUAUAAUUUUUAAUUUGAUCUGACUGCCAUUUUCAUUUCAAGAAGGAUUUUUUUUCGUAAUUUAUUGCAAAAUUGGAAAGUGUUUCAAAACUAAUGUUUUGGCUUCUUUUGGAUCAACCGCAAAAACAGAUGUGAGAAAGGCUGACUUUGAUGGUUGCAAGUCUCUUUUCAGCCUAUGCAAUUAUUUCGUCCUUAUAAUUCUUCUUUGAUGCUUUAUGUAAUGCAGGUUCAAGUGUAGCAUGUAUAAUGUGUAUUUUUAUUACAGCAACCCCCGGACAGUCCUAGGCUACCUGAUAAUGUCCUAUCACAGCUGCGUACGAUUGUCAAUGAGAUAAGAAUGUAUGGGGUGACUGCUCGGGCACAACGCAAGCAACAGAUCCACAACGCAAGCAAGCAGAAUGGGGAACAAUAA